AUGGCCCGCCAAAUGGUUGUCAUCGCCCUUCUCUCAAUCGCCGUCUUCGCCGCCGUCGUCUCCGCUCAAUCGUCACCGUCAUCAUCCCCGGCCGCAGCCCCCUCAAAAGCGGCCGCAGCCCCCUCUGCCGCACCAAAAGCAGCUCCCGUGCCAACCUCGUCCGCAGCCGCCGCACCCAAAGCUGCAUCCCCUGCGGCAGCUUCCAACACCACCGGAGGAGCCGGCGCUCCAGGCCCGGCGGGCAUCGCUGACGACGAAACCGAUCCACCGAUCCCCUCGGAUGAGCCCUCCCCAGCCGGUGCUCCGUCGGACGACUCUCCUGCUUCCGACAACGGAUCAUCCACCGGCUCAAGUGGUCAGAACACACCGGCUGCUGGCGGCGCUACCACCUUGGAAAUCUCUGCUGCCGUCGGUGCCGUCGGUGCCGCCGGAUUCUUCUUGAUGUAA